AGCUGGCCUUUCCACUUAGUCUUGAAUUUUUGUAAACAUGCCGAUCCUUAAUAUAAGAAGCCCAGAGCCUGGCCGUUCGGGGUGUAAGUUAAGUUACUCGUCAGUGUCUUCCACUAGCAAGUAUCGAGAACGGUCUCUAUCAGUUAUUUUAUAACUGAAACUCCUGAUCCGCUCCCAUCUCUCUCCUUCCCAAAGCAGCCUUUGCUUCUGCGUGGAAACAGAUUCACAGAGUUGGUCGAAAAAUGGGUCAGGAAGAGAGAGUCUCAGGGGAGAUUGCCCCCAAGGAGGAACCCCCCAAGGUCCCAGAAACUGAGGAAGCCAAUGAACUCACAGCUCAGGCAAAGAUCGCUUUAGCUGGAGCAUUUGGGUCGAUGUUCUGCACCGUCGGCUUCGUUAACGCUUUCGGUGUCUUCGAGACUUAUUACGCGGAGAAUCAGUUAGCACAUCAAAAGGAAACAGACAUUGCAUGGAUCGGGGCGAUCAACGUAUUCUGCAUAUUCGCGGGUUCAGUCUUCACAGGUCCUUUGCUUGAUGUAUCUGGUCCGGAGCUGAUGCUCUGGUUGGGAUCUCUUGGGGUUGUCUUCUCCAUCAUGAUGGCAUCUCUCUGCAAGGAGCUCUACCAGUUCAUCCUUGCGCAGGGUAUCCUUCUUGGGAUUUCGAUGGCAUUUAUCGUGACCCCCAUGAUAGCUAUCAUCAGCAAGCACUUCCAGAAGAAACGGGCAGCGGCAGUUGGUAUGGUUAUCGCGGGAUCAUCCCUGGGAGGUGUCAUCUGGCCUGUCGUCGUACACGAACUGCUUGAGAAAUCGAACGUUGGAUUCGGGUGGACGAUGCGCAUUGUUGGGUUCAUAAUGCUGCCCAUCUUGGGAAUCUCUUCCCUAUCAGGGCGCCAACCGGCACCAAAGACACCACCUGCGCCGUCGUCUGCAUCUUCAGCAGCAAGUGAUCCAGAGCCAGUUGCCAAAGAAGAUCAACCGCCCGCUAAACCGAAGUUGGAUUUCUCUGUCGUGAAGAAACCAGAACUACAGCUAUCCUGCGCCGGUUUCUUCAUCGUUUACUUUGGCAUGUUCUCACCUUUCUUCUACACUACCGCUUAUGCGGUCGAUAAAGGCUUCUCAUCGAACCUAUCCUUCUACACCAUCUCGAUUAUCAACGGUGCCUCGCUCUUCGGACGCAUCAUCCCCGGAAUUGUCGCCGAUAAGUAUGGCAAGUUCAACCUCUGCAUCUUGGCGACCAUGUUAUCCGGUAUUAUCGCCUUCUGCUGGACGAAGGUGACAUCCGUGGCUGGUCUGGUGAUAUUCUCCGCAGCAUAUGGCUUCUGCUCUGGGGCAAUCCUAUCACUUCAACAAGCCUGUGCCGCUCAGAUCGCCACACCAACUACGGUGGGUACAGUUAUCGGAAUUGUCAUGGGCUCGUGCUCUCUUUCCUCUAUGGCCGGCACUGUAAUCAGCGGCGAACUAGGUCAGAAAUACGGAUUCCUCGCCCUAUCCGUGUACUCAGGAGCUAGCCUAAUCCUGGGAGGCGCCAUCCUGCUCGCAGCCAAAUUUGCGCAGAAUGGGAAGUUGGCGGCUAUUGUCUAGAUUGACGAUGUAUUUAUUUUUUUCGG